UAACAUACCGAGAGUGCAUGCUGCAUACUUCUGUGCCAACUCAUUAGCUUCCUCAAAAGUCUCAUACCGGUGAACCAUGGAGCUGCUUGUAAAUGUAAGAAAAUGGAUAGAAGAAAACAAAGCUGCUUUUUUGCCCCCAGUGUGCAAUAAGCUUAUGCACUGUCAGAAGCUGAAUGUGAUGUUUGUUGGAGGACCAAACCAAAGGAAGGAUUAUCAUAUUGAAGAAGGAGAAGAGUUAUUUUACCAGGUGGAAGGAGACAUGUGCUUGAAGAUCAUUGAAAAUGGAAACCACAGAGAUAUCCACAUCAGAGAAGGGGAGAUGUUUCUCCUACCUGCCAGGAUACCACAUUCUCCUCAGAGAUAUGCAAAUUCUGUGGGACUCGUGAUUGAGAGGAAAAGGCUAAACACAGAAACAGAUGGACUUAGAUAUUAUGUUGGAGAAUCAACCAACGUCCUGUUUGAAAGAUGGUUUCAUUGUGAGGAUCUUGGCACACAACUUAUACCGAUAAUCCAAGAGUUUUUCAGCUCAACACAAUAUCACACUGGAAAACCAAAUCCAGAUGAUCUCCUGAAAGACACCCCUUUCCCACUAAAUGCCACUAGAGUCAUGGAUCCAUUUUCCUUCCAAAUCUGGCUAAAUGAUCAUCGUGGAGAAAUAAAUCAGAAGAAAUCCUUGACCAUGUUUGGAGACAACUUUGAGACAGAGGCUGUAGUCUAUGGAGAAGGAGUAAGUGAAGGAAGCAAAAAGAAUGCUGAUAUCUGGAUAUGGCAGCUGGAAGGAACAUCUGUUGUUACUAUGGAUGGUAAAACACUGAGUCUAGCUGCUGACGACAGCCUGCUCAUCCCUGCCCUGUCUAGGUACCACUGGAAGAGAGCGGAAGGAUGCAUUGCUCUUUACAUUACUCAAGACCCAAUACGCAAAAGACCCUAUGCCUAAUUUCUGGGAACAUAAAGUAAACAUUGAUGAUCAAAAACUUUAUCCCACAUAGGUAAUUUUAAAGAUGUUGCUGACAGGGCUGCUCAGAAACUGAAUUACAGGUCUAAUAAAAAGGUUACAAUGAAAUGUUGGUUUCAAGCAAUAGAUCCAAUUAAAUGUAAAGCAUGUAUACUAUAUGCUGCAUGAUAAACUGACAACUAUGAGCUAUUUGCUUAAAACUCAGAACACUCAUUAUUCCAAAAGAAAUGUGAAACUGAUUUAAAGUAAUGCAGCCAAAUAUACAGAUUUAUAUACUUGAUCUUGAAAGCUGAAGCUAGACAAAUUCAUCCUGGAAAUAAGGUGUAAAUUUUAACAGUGAGAGUAAUGAACCAUUGGAACAUGUACCCAGGGUUGUGAUGGAUUCUCCAUCACUGGCAAUUUUUAAACCCAGAGUGGAUGUUUUUCUAGAAGAUUAGUGCUAGGAAUUUGGGGGAAGUUCUAUGGCCUGUGUUAUACAGGAGCUCAGACUAGGUGAUCACAGUGGUCCCUUCUGGCCCUGGAACCUAUGAAUCCCAAUUACAGCAAAUUAAAGACUUUUCCAAAUAGGAGUCUCUUCUAGUAGCUCAAGGACUUCAUGUGAGUAACGGUUCCCCACAGUGAGUCAUGGGUGUGGCCCACUGUGACUACAUUAAAGGAUUUAGAGCUAGACCAUACCUUUAAGUUACAAUCAUUUUGUGAGCUCACUGGUGCACAUGGGAGAUAUGCAGCUGUCACAUACACAGUCCUGUACAGACCACUGCAGUGGGGUGGAAAUGGGGCCGUCACCCAGUCCCCACUCGCCAUUUUGUGGCAUAAGAAGGGGCUGGUCCUAGGGGCUCCCCUAACACCCCUUCAGAGAUUGCAGUUGUAGCUGACCCUUGAUGUUCAUGUUGUCAAGUAAAUUAAAAGAGAUCAUAAAGAUAACAGUACAGCUUGACCUGAGCCUAUGCAAAUCUGGCAGGGAACAUACCAUGCAUAUCAAGUAAUACUUCAUACAACAUACAGUAUUGUAUGUAUAUCAACUGAUGUUGUGGCAAUAGGACUCUAAAGCACACAGAUAAGCCUGGUUUUAGUUCUCCAAAUGCCAAAAUCUCAUUUUAAAGUGACCAGCUAUUCUUUCGGAAACCUGAAAGUGAUACCCCCCGCUACUCCUCACUUGAUUUUAACUUUGGAAAUAUCGGGCAUGACAAGUGGUUUUCACUGGUUUCCUCUGGGGUCUCAAAGAUUUUACAUGGGCCUGCAUAUUGGAUCCUUUUACUACUGAAACAUUGAAAAACAAGUUAGUGAGAAAGGUGGUGUUACCAAAUCUUAACAUUUGUAUGUUUGUGAAAGUCUCAAAUUACUGUAGCUUUAAUUUUUGCAAUUAUACUAAUAAUGUAAAUUAAAAACAGACUGUUCCUGCCUA